GGGGGGGGGAGGGUGCGGGGCGGGGCCCCAGGAGGAAGCAAACUUUGGCUGCGGGCGGCGCUGCGCCGCGGGCACGCAGCGGAGGAACUCGGACCCGGGGCCGCCCCAGCGCCUGGACCCACCUGCGAAGCAUGGGCAGCGCGGCCAUGGACGCGGACAGCAAGACGGGGGGGGCAAGCGGGGGCGGCAGGAAGCAGCCCAGCCCCAGGCGACGCUCCCUGCGGGUACACAUCCCGGACCUGAGCACCUUCGCCAUGCCACUGCUGGACGGACAGCUGGACAGUGCAGAGAAGCAGCCUUCCCGGAAGGUGGACAGCCCCCAGAGCAUGGGCAGCCCCUCCAAAGGCUUCUUCUGCUCCCGAGGUUCCCCGCACCGGCCCUCCAGCCCUGUGUCUGCGCCCACGAGGCCCCGGACCAGCCCGGGGUCCCCCAAGAGUGUGUUUCCCUUCUGCCAGGAGUCACCCCCACGUUCUCCACGACGACUAAGCUUUAGUGGUAUCUUCCGCUCCUCCUCCAAAGAGUCCUCCCCGGGCUCCAAUCCCUCCUCCUCUCCUGGUGGCGGCUUCCGCUUCUUCUCUCGAUCCCGAAAAAGCCUGUCCUCGUCACCCAGCACGCCCACGCAGGCCUGCCGGCCGCCCACCUUCCCCCUGGAGGCCUACACCCAGGAGCCCGAGCGCCUGGAGAACCGCCUCUUCGCCUCCUGCUCCCCGCCCGAUGCCCCACGCCUCUGCGCCUCCUUCCACGCGCUCCCCGCCAGGCCUGCGCCCGCCUCCCCCGCACACGAUGGGCUCCCCAAAACCGCGGCGCUGGCGGCCCCGGGACCCGAGGAAGCCGGCAUGCUGGAGAAAUUCGACUUGGAGGAAGCAGAAGACUCGGACAGCAGCGUCUACACACGCUUCAUGCGCUCCCACCGCUGCUACGACAUUGUGCCUACCAGCUCCAAGCUUGUGGUCUUCGACACCAGCUUGCAGGUGAAGAAGGCCUUCUUUGCCCUGGUGGCCAAUGGAGUGCGGGCGGCCCCUCUCUGGGAGAGUAAGAAGCAGAGCUUCGUAGGGAUGCUGACAAUCACAGACUUCAUCAACAUCCUGCACCGAUACUACAAGUCCCCCAUGGUACAGAUCUACGAAUUAGAGGAACAUAAGAUUGAGACGUGGCGGGAGCUUUAUUUGCAAGAAACCUUUAAGCCUUUAGUGAAUAUAUCUCCAGAUGCAAGCCUCUUCGACGCCGUGAACUCUCUGAUCAAAAACAAGAUCCACAGACUGCCUGUCAUCGACCCCGUGAGCGGGAACGCGCUCUAUAUCCUCACCCACAAGAGGAUCCUCAAGUUCCUGCAGCUCUUCCUGGACAUGGCCCAGAUUCCAGCUGCAGUCUCUCUGAGCGUGGACAUGGAACUUCUUGAGAAACAUCAUCACCAGAUGUCGGACAUGCCGAAGCCAGCCUUCAUGAAGCAGAGCCUGGGAGAGCUGGGCAUCGGCACAUACCGGGACAUCGCCUACAUCCACCCCGACACGCCCAUCAUCAAGGCCCUGAGUGUGUUCGUGGAGCGCCGUGUGUCCGCCCUGCCUGUGGUGGACGAGGCAGGAAAAGUUGUAGAUAUUUAUUCCAAGUUCGAUGUGAUUAACCUGGCAGCUGAGAAGACCUACAACAACCUGGACGUCACGGUGACCCAGGCCCUACGGCACCGCUCACAGUACUUUGAGGGCGUCGUCAAGUGCAGCACAACGGACCUGCUGGAGACCAUCGUGGACAGGAUUGUCAGGGCCGAGGUGCACCGGUUGGUGGUGGUGGAUGAGGACGACAGCAUCGUGGGUAUAAUCUCCCUGUCGGACAUCCUGCAGGCUCUGAUCCUCAGCCCCGCAGGUGCCAGACAGAAGGAGCCAGAAGCCGAAUGACACUGGAGUCCUCAUGGCGCGCACGGACUUGAGCUGAGACUCCGGGUCACGCUUUGCCUGGCACACCGGCGCUUCGGGACUGAGCGUGCAUCUCCUGGGGUCCCCCCGGCCCAGGGGGCUGCUUUCCAGGGGUGCCGAGGCCAGCCAGAGCGGACAGGGGGUUAGGCCCUGCCUCCAGAGCCCUCAUUAAAGAUGCCCUCCAGGCCCUGCUGAUGCUCCCAUGUCAGCGGGCAGGUGGCGACCCGGCCGAGGGUGUGGCAGGCUCAGACUAGUGCCUUCCCUCAGAUGCACCCACGUGGCACCAUGCCACCCUGGGACCGGCGUGUCCCCAUGUUGACACUGGGCCACCGGCAGCAGCGACUUUCAGACUCCCGGGAGCGUCCCCUCCCCACCUGUGUUCUGUCCUGAGUACCAGAGAGAGGCGGCCACGCUGCCCCCCACACCCAUCCCCCAUCCCCACCGACAGCUUUAUUUAUUUUUUUACACCUUGCGUGCACGGGUUCGAGACUCCGGCCGUGGGGAAAAAAAUCACCACCACCAGUUCUCUCUCUCUCUCUCUCUCUCUCUUUUCUUUUGAAGCGGCUGAUUUCUCCAUUUGUCUUGAGUUCUCCGGCCUGGGAAGGAGGAGAGGAGAGUAUCAGCCCUGUCUGGUUAAACUGGUGGGGGCACCCGCCCGAGGGGGAAGGCACAAGGCUGGGGGACCCUGGUGCCCGGAGAGACCUUGGUGUGUGGAGAUGUGAAGCGGCCUCUGCGAGUGUGACCAUCACCGGGACAGUGUCCCCCGGGGCUGCACUCAGCAAUCCGUCCCCCAGGGCAGCCCCGACCUGCCGAGUGUACAGAAAAAUAGGGAGCAGAGCCUACAUGGGUUUUGUGCUUUGUCUGGGGGUUAUUGGCAGGUCUUUGUUGUUGCUGUUGUUAUUGUUUUCCAGAUUGAAAAUUUAAAAUAAACCUUCAUAUCUGCC